UCUGGAGCGCACUGGCUGGGAGGGUGAUACCCUGGCUGCUGCGCCUGGGGAGGGGGCAGCCAGGGCUUGUGGCGCGCUUGGGGACGGCCGCCUAGAGGCCAGGGAUGAGGUCAAGGGUGGCGUGGGGGCCGGGGCCGGACGUGGCCUGCGGACUCAGCGCUCCACACACGCACUCACACAAAAGAAGCCGGAAAGUGGCCGAAGGAAGCGGGCGCGUCACGGGGGCCGAGCCAGGAGCCUGGCGCACCCGCCCCGCCGCAUCCCAGGUCCACGACCCGCUCGCCCCACCGCUCUUCCCGCGCCACCGCCACCGCCGCCACCGCCACCACCGCGGCGCCGCCAAUGAGACUCCUCCCGCUCCUCGUGGGGUUUUCCACUUUGCUGAAUUGUUCCUACACUCAAAAUUGUACCAAGAAACCUUGCGUCCCAAAUGCAAGAUGUGAAAUACGGAAUGGCGCUGAAGGCUGUUAUUGCAACAUUGGAUUUUCGGGAAAUGGGGUCUCAAUUUGUGAAGAUGAUAACGAGUGUGGAAAUUUAACCCAGUCCUGUGGUGAAAAUGCUAACUGCACAAACACAGAGGGAAGUUACUAUUGUAUGUGUGAACCUGGUUUCAGAUCCAGCAAUAACCAAGACAAGUUCAUCACUAAUGAUGGAACCACCUGCAUAGAUAUAGAUGAAUGCAGUGAUUUGUCUGCCUGUGGUGAUCAUGCAGUGUGUGAAAAUCUGCAUGGUGGAUAUAACUGCUCCUGCAAAGAAGGUUACCAGACGUCCACAGGAAACCCACAGUUCACACCUAAUGAUGGCACUUAUUGCCAAGAAAUUGUGAAUGCAGACUGCCAUUUAGAUAAUGCCUGUAUUGCUGCGAAUAUUAAUAAAACUUUAACAAAAAUGAGACACAUAGGAGAACCUGUGGCUUUGCUACAAGAAAUCUAUAGAAAUUCCGCGAAAGAUCUUUCACCAGUGGAUGUAAUUACAUAUAUAGAAGUAUUAGCUGAGUCAUCCACAUUACUGGGUUAUAUGAAUAGCACUGCUAAUUCAGCCAAGGACACCCUUUCUAAUUCAACUCUUACUGAAUUUGUAAAAACUGUGAAUAAUUUUGUUCAAAGGGAUACAUUUAUAGUUUGGGACAAGUUAUCUAUGCACCAUAGGACAACUCAUCUUACAAAACUGAUACAUGCUGCUGAACAGGCUACCUUAAGGAUAUCUCAGAACUUCCAAAAGACCACACAGUUUGAUACUAAUUCAAGUGACAUAGCUCUCAAAGCUUUCUUUUUUGAUUCAUAUCACAUGAAACAUAUUCAUCCCCAUAUGAAUGUAGAUGGAGAUGAUAUAAGGAUAUUUCCAAAGAGAAAAGCUGCAUAUAAUUCAAAUGGCAAUGUUGCCGUUGCAUUUUUACAUUAUAAGAGCAUUGGCCCUUUGUUUUCAUCAUCCGACAACUUCUUAUUGGAACCUCAAAGUUAUGAUGAAGCUGAAGAGGAUGGAAGAGUCAUCUCUUCAGUAAUUUCAGUCUCAAUUAGCUCAAACCCACCCACACUGUAUGAACUUGAAAAAAUAACAUUUACAUUAAGUCACGUAAAGACUGCAGAUAAGGAUAGUAGUCGGUGUGCAUUUUGGAACUACCUACCUGACACCAUGAAUGGAAGCUGGUCCUCAGAGGGCUGUGAGCUGAUGUACUCCAAUGAGACCCACACCUCAUGCCGCUGUAAUCACCUGACACAUUUUGCAAUUUUGAUGUCUUCUGGUUCUUCCGUUGGUAUUAAAGAUUAUAAUACUCUUACAAGGAUCACUCAACUAGGAAUAAUUAUUUCACUGAUUUGCCUUGCCAUAUGCAUUUUUACCUUCUGGUUCUUCAGUGAAAUUCAAAGCACCAGGACAACAAUUCACAAAAAUCUCUGCUGUAGCCUAUUCCUUGCAGAAUUUGUUUUUCUUGUGGGGAUCAAUACAAAUACUAAUAAGCUCUUUUGUUCAAUCAUCGCAGGGCUGCUGCAUUACUUCUUCUUAGCUGCCUUUGCAUGGAUGUGCAUUGAAGGCAUCCACCUCUACCUCAUUGUGGUAGGAGUCAUCUACAACAAGGGAUUUUUGCACAAGAACUUUUAUAUCUUUGGCUAUCUCAGCCCAGCUGUGGUAGUUGGAUUUUCAGCAUCAUUAGGUUACAGAUAUUAUGGCACCACCAAAGUAUGUUGGCUUAGCACAGAAAACAACUUUAUUUGGAGUUUUAUAGGACCAGCAUGUCUGAUCAUUCUUGUUAACCUCUUGGCAUUUGGAGUUAUCAUUUACAAAGUUUUUCGCCAUACUGCGGGGUUGAAACCAGAAGUUAGUUGCUAUGAGAACAUAAGGUCUUGCGCCAGAGGAGCCUUGGCUCUCCUGUUUCUCCUUGGCACCACCUGGAUCUUUGGGGUUCUCCACGUUGUGCAUGCAUCGGUGGUGACCGCUUACCUCUUCACCGUCAGCAAUGCCUUCCAGGGGAUGUUCAUCUUCUUAUUCCUGUGUGUUUUAUCUAGAAAGAUCCAAGAAGAAUAUUAUAGAUUGUUCAAAAAUGUCCCUUGUUGUUUUGGAUGUUUGAGGUAAAUAGAGAACAAUGAAUAAUUAUUGCUACACCGAAGUUAAAAAAAAAUCCAAGUUGUGGAUGGCUGAUGUCUAAAAAUGACUCAAACAAAUUAUCAAAUUAUUAAUUACUAGAUAGUCAGUUAUUUUAAAUCAGUUUUUCUGUGUAUUGUGUAGGAACUGUAGAUAAGAAGCGAUCAAAUUAUAUAGCUAUAGUACGCUUUCGUACAUGACUUAGUUACGUUGAAAAUAGUAUUGCCGAUAUUUAGAAAGUAAUUGGUUUCUCAGAGUGAUAUCGCUGUGCCCAAGGAAAGAUUUUCUUCCUAACACAAAAAAUAUAUGAAUAUCCUGAAGGAAACCACUGGCUUGAUAUUUUUGUGACUCAUGUUGCCUUUGAAACUAGUCCCCUAUCACCUUGGUAAUGAGCUCCGUUACAGAACGGGGAACAUAAGAGAAUGUAGGGGUAGAAUACAAAACAGUAGAAAGGGAAUGACUGUUAUGACAAUGAGAUGUAUCUUGGGCAGCCUUCUUGUUUUGUAAACUUGAUGAGAAAUUAAAGAGGUAAAACAAAGAAUUGAAUAAACACAUCUUAACCAUUUCAUGAAUUGUUCUGAGCUUAAUUUUCUACUGAAACAACCUAGACCUGUAUUUGUUAAAUCCAUUUUCUGUUCUGAUAUUCCACAAUAACACCAAACCUCACAGAAGAAAAAACUAAACGUUUCUGUUCUGUUUUUAGGUUGACAUUAGAAUGAAGUAUAUGCUCUUUCUAUACUUAUUUCACAGAUUGUAACUUCACAUGCUUAUUUGGUAGUACAUAAAUGUGUCAAAAUAUAAUAUUGUUCAUGCCUGUAAAUGUAAAAAUAAUGUACAUAAACCUGAAGUACUCAAUUCUAUAACCUUUCAUGGUAGUAAAAAAUAUUGUAUCUCAUUACUAGUACAUUUGAGUUCUUUAUUUUUUUAAUUUUAGAAAUAUUAUAGUUCACAUUGCAAUAUUCCCUUUUAACUUGCUAUUUUAAAAGGGCAUUGUAAAUAUGAAAGUAUUCAUAAAGUGAAUUCUAUUUUUUUCUGUUCAGAAAAGUACACAUUUAAAAGUGUUAUUUAUAACAAAGAAGCCACUGAGAACUGUAGAAACUUUCACAGUGGAUCUAUUUUCUGACAGUUUUCCACUCUUUAAAACAUAUCUGCUAAAAUGUAGAGCUUCUGUCUCUCUUCAAAUCUCAUCAAAAUAAAGAAGCAGUGAUUUUAUUUCAAAAAGUAUGUAAUUGUUCUGCACCUACCUAUGAAAGUAUGCCAAUGCACUAAAUGUUGUGAGUUUAACUUAAUUUUUCUAGCUGUUAAAAUGAAGUCUAUCAAAUCUUGCUCUAACAAAUAAAGUGUUAUCCAAAUGAA